AUGGAAGCAUUUCAGCCGACUCAAAUUUCUAGCCUCAUUGGUCUCAAUGUCUCAGAUCUCGAGGACUAUGAAGCUUUGUAUAAAAAACUCCAUUCUCAUCCAGAACUUUCCCAUCAGGAGUUUACCACCGCCAACAUAGUCGCUGAAAAAUUGCGCACAGUUCCUAAUUUAGAGGUUUACGAUAACAUCGGCGGCACUGGAAUUGCGGCAGUCCUGCGAAAUGGACCCGGAAAGACAGUCCUCCUACGCUCCGAAUUGGACGCCUUGCCCAUACUUGAGGAAACUCAUCUUCCCUUCGCCAGCAAAAAGACUAUGCUUGAUGAGUCCGACGGUGUUGUAAAGCCCGUCAUGCACGCCUGUGGUCAUGACAUGCACAUGGUCUGUCUUCUCGCCGCACUUGAUACUCUUGUGACAACCAAACACAUCUGGACAGGCACACUAGUUAUUGUGUUUCAGCCUGCCGAGGAGCUCGGGGAAGGCGCACAGCGGAUGAUUGACGGUGGUCUAUACGACUUAGUCCCCAUUCCCGAUGUUUUGAUGGCACAGCAUGUGGUAGCAAAACCAGUUGGGCGCAUUGGAAUGCGCCCUGGAGUGAUGUUGGCGGGGUCAGAUUCACUUAAGUUGACAUUUCGUGGUAGGGGCGGGCAUGCGUCCAUGCCUGACCGAGCGAUUGAUCCUGUGGUUAUGGCUGCGAGCACGGUUAUGCGACUUCAAACCAUUGUGAGCAGGCAGAUCAGCCCGAGCCAGGAAUUUGCUAUUGUGACUGUUGGUAGCCUGAACACUGGGCAGGCUGCCAAUAUCAUUCCGCAGAAAGCGGAAAUGCAAGUCAACAUAAGGACUGCCCAUUCGUAUACCCGAAAAAAGGUUCUCGCGUCAAUUGAGCGCAUUGCCAAAGCGGAAAGCAGUGCUAGUGGUGCGGACGAGGAGCCACUGAUUGAGGCAAUCACGAACUUCCCAAUCACGGAAAAUGACAAAAUCACCACCGAGAGACUGUCGGAUACUUUCGAAGCCGUUUUUUCGAAUGGAUUUGAUCCGGACUGGCCCCGAAGCAACGCCAGUGAAGACUUCACAAAACUUGGCUUAGCAGUUGGAAAGCCCUGCUGCUUCUGGUUCCUUGGAUGCAUUGAUAGCAACACCUGGGAUGAGGCUGAGAAGAAAGGAAGAGUCUCACAAGAUAUUCCGGUCAAUCACUCCUCCUCCUUCGCUCCAGCAAUUCAACCUACCCUCACGAUUGGUAGGAAUGCCAUGAUUGCAGGUGCAUUGACAUUUUUAUCGAAGAGAAACACCGCAUAG